AUGACGUCUCGUCUUCACAGGCCUUCCUCUCCCAAGCUGCACUGCUUCUCUCAGAGACGGGCCUCGUCACUAGACGGGCCUCGUCACUGUGAGGUCAUUAGUAGUUGGGAUGACGUCUCGUCUUCACAGGCCUUCCUCUCCCAAGCUGCACUGCUUCUCUCAGAGACGGGCCUCGUCACUGAGGUCAUUAGCAGUUGGGAUGACGUCUCGUCUUCACAGGCCUUCCUCUCCCAAGCUGCACUGCUUCUCUCAGAGACGGGCCUCGUCACUGUUGGGUCGUCCAGGAGCCGCUCCGAUACCGAGCCGCCAAGGGGAAACGCCUACCUGGUGACACGAUACCGAGCCGCCAAGGGGAAACGCCUACCUGUUACGUUAUCUCAUGAGAACUAUGACGGUAUUGGUUUCUCUACUGGAGCUCAAGGCCGGAGUGCUGUACUCUUCAUCAUGAACUCUGUGUUUGUGAGUGGUGUACUCUUCAUCAUGUACUCAGUGUUUGUGAGUGGUGUACUCUUCAUCAUGUACUCUGUGUUUGUGAGUGGUGUACUCUUCAUCAUGUACUCUGUGUUUGUGAGUGUGUACUUCACUGUACCUGUGUUUUGCUACUCUUCCUCCUUGGUCCUGGUGAGGGGUUGUCAUGACUGUGUGUUUGUGAGUGCUGUAUCUGCCUCCUCUGGUCCUGAUGAGGGGCCUUACACAAAGCACUCCAACCCCUCCAGGCCACCGGAUGGAGCGCUGGCCAUCAGGAGGCAGAGUAUCCCAGAUGAGUUUAAGGGCUCCAGUGUUGUAGAGUUAAUGAAGAAAGAGGGAACCACACUCGGCCUCACUGUGUCUGGGGGCGUAGACAAGGAUGGAAAACCUCGGGUGUCCAACCUGCGCCAGGGAGGCAUCGCUGCUAGGAGUGACCAGCUCAACGUGGGCGACUACAUCAAGUCUGUAAACGGGAUCAAUCUGACCAAGUUCCGUCACGACGAGAUCAUCAGCCUGCUGAAGAACGUCGGAGAACGUGUGGUUCUAGAGGUGGAAUUCGAGCUGCCACCUGUCUCUGUUCAAGGCUCUGGGCUGAUGUUCAAAAGCGUUGAGGUGACUCUGCACAAAGAAGGAAAUACGUUCGGCUUUGUCAUUCGAGGAGGAGCCCACGAGGACAGGAACAAAUCCCGCCCCGUUGUCAUAACGACCAUCAGGCCAGGUGGACCUGCUGACAGGGAGGGUACGGUGAAGCCAGGGGACAGGCUCCUGAGUAUCGAUGGGAUCCGUCUUCACGGGACAUCCCAUGCAGAGGCCAUGUCCAUCCUCAAACAGUGUGGACAGGAGGCUACGCUACUCAUCGAGUAUGACGUCUCCAUCAUGGACUCCAUAGCCACAGCUUCAGGGCCUCUGCUGGUUGAGGUAGCCAAGUCCCUGGGGUCCAGUCUGGGCCUGGCCCUCAACACCUCCAUGUACUGCAACAAGCAGGUCAUCAUCAUAGACAAGGUCAAGCCCGCAAGCAUCGCAGACAGGUGCGGGGCGCUGCAUGCGGGUGACCACAUCCUGUCUGUGGACCAGGCUGGCCCCAGUCCUGGAGUACUGACCCUACCUUAA